GACAGCACAAUAUUUUUGACGUUUGUUUUGCUUGCGCUACUCGUAGAAAGGUAUUGUUCGUUUUUGAAACAGACGGAAAAUAAAAUCAUACUUAGAAGAUAUUGUGAUGUGAAUAUACCCUGGCGAAGUGUGACUACAUCAUGGGGCUGAAAACAAUCGACAUUUUGGCUACAUUGCUCUUAAACUUGAUACAAUACGGCUGCUCGGAGCACAUCCUGUCCUGCAAUGAAACGGUGCUGGAGGCGUGUCCUGAGCACCAGAGGUGUAAUGCGUCGUCGCAUGAAUGUGUCUGUCUGGAUGGGUUCGUGCGCGUCGGAGACGACUGCGAAACGCCGGCAGACGCGUCAGGGUCACACAAUGGCGCGACGGUAGCUAUAGUAACGAUAUUCACGCUUGCUCUGCUCAUAACGGGCGUCGUGCUAGUAGUUAGGAAGUAUAAUCUAGUUGAUUACGUCCGGCAGAAGAUUGAGGCAAGACGGACACAUGAUGUCAUGUAUGAAGACGUGAUGAUCGGUAACGACGACCCACCGCUCAGCCCUUAGUUGCCUUGCCUUUGUAAUUUAUUUAUAUAGCUUGUAAUUGUUAUAUUUAAUCGAAGGGUUAUUGGAUGUGUUUUUUUAUGGUCACUGUGUAAAUCUGAGGUUUUGGUUGCUUAGAUAAACAUUUUAUUUUAUAAGAAACUUGCCAACAGUCUGAGAAUACCUUCAAUGCAAUAUUGUGUCUUUUUCCUGUUUAUUUAUACUGUAACAGGAAAAAUUUACAAGAUGUAGCGCCUCUGAAUCAUAAUUAGUACGCACUAAAGUUUAUUGGCUUCUACUGUGUGCAAAAAUACUGGUGGUGCAAAAAUCAUUUUAGAAAGUAGUGUAGAACGUGACAAAUUAUGUGAACUCAUCUUUUAGGACUGUCUAAAUUAUUUUAGAGAAUGAAAGAUGAUAUUAUCAUAUUUCCCAGGCAAAGUAAUAAAUGAGAAAGUAACAAAAAACAUCAUUGUAUUGUGUAUGUGUCAAGGAAAGUGAUAUUGGCAUUGGACCAAAUAUUUUACUAAGAUUAAAAUGAGCAAGAAAGGUCAGAGAAAACACAUCCAAAUACUAAAUGUUACAAUGUAUUAAAAUAAAUAUUUUCUAUGUUGUUGUUAGCUUUAGGUGUAAUAUAAAAGGUGCAUUGAUAUUCUCACUCACACAGAUAAAUGUUUUGACUCACACAUGUGUUGUUAGUGUUAUGGUGUUAUGUAUUGUUUGUUGCUUUGUAUGCAUUCAUUAUUUGUUAAACACAUCAUUCCAUGAAGCGAACAGAAGAUUACAUCUGGAAAAAGAUGACUCCACACAGUAAUUUGCGACCUUUAGAAUAUUUACAGUCAUUGAGUGAACCUUUAUCUCAUCUGAUACAAAACAAAUAUACUUUCUUCUUUAUCUCAAACAAAUUAACAAACAAUGGCUUAUUAUGUCCAUUAGGAAUUUAAAUAACAUCAACAAGUGAUAAAAUUACUGACAUCAUAAUUUCACUGUGUGUCCUCUACCUACUGCAUGUGUGUUUGAAUGGAACUUUGUAUGUGUGUGUGAGAAAUGCAAACUUUGUGAGCAAUGAUUCACUUUGCCUGCAUAGGUAAACAGAUGCCUAUAAAUUAUGAUAAAGUAUAGGAUAACUCAAUUUUCAAUACAAUGUUACUCCUCUGAUAUCCAACCAAUGUGAUAGCUUGUUAAUAUAAGACUUAUUUAGAUGGAAAUAGUGUUAGAAUUUUUUUAUAAUUAAUUAAUAUAUUUUAAUGGCAAAAUUUGAUACUAUUACAGACUCAGUUUAGAAACCGUAAGGUUUUGAUGGUAAGAUCAUAACACUAUUUUCAUCUGAAAGUGGCAUUAUUUAUCUUUUGCCUGUAAAUGUAACUUCUAAAAUAUAAUAUCAUUCAACAGCACUGUACAUAUUUUACAAUAUUAUGUAACUAACCACGGAGGAUGUUUAGUUAUGACUUAAAAAUACUUGUAAAAAGCUGAACAAACAACCAUUCAAUUAUUAUUUUGUCAAACUAUUAGGUAUGUUGAUCAAUCAUUAUAAUUUGACAGCAGAUAUGAGCUAAUUAUUUACGUGGUCAGUUAUAAUCAUUUCUUAUCAUAGAUAAAUCUGUUUAUGUGAACAAUGUAAUAAAGUAGCAUCUGACCAAUUUAGCUUUUUGUGAUGUGUGUUAAAGUUCUCAUUAUUAUUUUCUUUAUUUGUAUCUAAUUUAAGCAUGUCAUUAUUUAGAAUUAGUUGCAUAAUUAUUUAUAAAUUAUUUUUAAAACUUUUCGAUCAUUGUUUUCUACUAUUAGUUUAAAUCAUUUUUAGAUUUGCUUCUGCUCAAUUUAGCCAAAGACUGAAUGGUGUUGCCAGUUAUAAACGAAAUAAUAUAAUUUCACAAUUUAUUUGUAUAUUUUGCUGUAGGUAAUAACUUUUUGUAAAAAUUAAAAUUAUGUAUUUUAUGUCAAAUUAUGCAGGCAAUGUUUGAACCAAACUGCAAUAAGUAUUUGAUUGAACUAUAAACUAUAUAGUAAUUACAUGUAUUUUUUGUUACUAAAUAAUAGGCAAUCAUAACAGAUCUGUAUGUUUAUUUAACUUUUACCUAUUUUAUUGAAAUAAUAUGAAUUGGCACAAAAAUUUAGCUUUUAUUGUGGAUUAGAAUAGGAAAAAAUAAAAAAUGACAAUUGCAUAUUAUUUAUAGUAUGCGCAAAACGGCUUAGUAUCACAGCUUUGACAUUAGCUAUAUAGAACACGCGAAUUUAGUAUUGCAUUUAGCAUUAGGUAAUCAUUACAAAUACAUUAUAUUUCUGUAUUUUCCAUAUUUGUAUGUAGCCUAAAGAUAUGAAUAUGGUAUCUAAGUAUGUUAGGUACAUACAUUCCUAUAUAUUUUUCUACUAAAAAAAUAGGACUACUGCAAAGUACCAACUGCAAAAACCUGACCAGAGAAAAUAUUAAAAUUUUUCUAAUGCCAGCAUGAAAGAGAAACAACUCUAUAGCUAUUUAGGAGAAAUUAAACUUCUCUACAAGUAAAUGAUGGAUCAAAAUCACACUUUAAACAUCCAAAUAAUAUUAUUAUGUUUUGAAUAAUCCUGAGAACUUCCAUCUUAUACAUUUUAUUUGUUAUAAUGCCUAUGAUUAGUAUAUUGAUUCUGGUCAGUAUUUGACACUGAUAAUUUUUAAUAGCAUUAUCUUAAUAGACAUUAUUUUCAUAUGGUAUUUUAGAAUAUCUAUGUACUAUACUAUCAUAUUCACCCAUGCCUAUGUUGUUUAUCAAUAUCAUAAUCUUCUAAUACUUGCGACUGUUACUGUUUUCUGCUAAAUAAGUGUAAAUUAUAAUGUAAACUCCAAUGUAUUUAGCUACUAUAUAAGUGGACUCAUAAAUGGUAAAAUAUUGAGGUUAUAUUUUUGAAAUAAAUACUCUGUGAUACUGUGGAA